CGAUGAUCGCAAUUGCAAUGAAAACAUCCUUGGGAUUAAAAAUCGUCUUCAUCUGGACCUGCCUUCUCAUUGGCAUCAAUUACAUCUUCAAGGAAUUAUUCCCUAUCCAGACUUGGAUUGAAGUGAUCAUUCCCGCCAGUAUGGUAGCAACUUGGCUCUUAGCUAUUGUCCUAGUGCGAAUUCCAAUUACCCGCAGAAGUUGCAUAAAGGAUGCACGUGUCCUUUCAAUACUAUGCUGGGUCUUCUGUGGAUUGUGGAUAGCCCAACGGUGUUAUGACAAUUUGACCGUGGAGACAUGGUCACCAGUAGAUAUUUUAAAACAAAUUGCCUUAGUCUUGGGUUCUACAUUGGCGUUGGCGCUGGAGUUUAUGGUCACGUUGUGUUUCUGGGGGAAUUUGAAGUGGAAGCAUCCGAUCAUGACAGUUUGGUAUCUGCUCUUGGGCACGCUGGAACAGGCAUUUCAUGAUCUCGUCCCCAGCGAGAAUAAUCUGGACUUGUUUGCAUAUACCUCAUUGCCCCAUGAAGAUGCUGAUUUGUCGGAUCUUUCAGACUCGGAAUUUGACGAGAAACCUUACAAACUCGAGGUCUGAAUGCUCACAGCACUAGGGACUAUCUCUUCUAGACCUGGC